GCUGGAAACCAGGGGAGGUUCAACAAGUUAAGCUGAAGACUGAAGUCGGAGCUGGGUCAGGUGGCCACUUUACCAGCCCUGGACCUCCACAACUAUGGCCUCCUGCGCAGACUCAGAUAAUAGCUGGGUACUUGCUGGCUCUGAGAACCUGCCUGUGGAGACUCUGGGCCCAGAACCCAGGAUGGACCCAGAAUCUGAGGGAGCCUCCCAGAUCACUUGGGACCCCUCCAAGGCAGGUGACAAAGAAUUAAUUGGAACCUUGGAUGGAGAAGAGAUGCUUUUCCAGACAGAAAGUUCCCAGAAUGAAAGUGCUGCCCUGCCAGAGAUGACUAAGGCCAAGGGCACUCUGGGAGGUAAUGGUCACGGGAUGGAGCCCCCUGGAGACACAGUGGUCCAGGAAGAUUUGCAGGAGACACCUGUGGUGACAAGCCUGGGACCAGACACACAGGACCUGGAGAGUGAGAGCCAGCCACAGAACCUGCCCUCAAGUCCCAAAGCAGUUUGGAAAGAGUUCCACUGCUCCAGCAGUGGUGAUGACACUGAUGUGGAUGUGGAAGGUCUGCGGAGACGGAGGGGCCAGGAGCCCAUCCUAUCCCAACCUGUGAUACCUGUGGAUGUGGAGGACCAGGCCAAGGGCGAGGGUAGAGGUGGAGAGCUGGGCAUCUCCCUCAACAUGUGUCUCCUGGGAGCCCUGGUUCUUCUGGGCCUGGGGAUUCUCCUGUUCUCUGGUGCACUGUUGGAGCCUGAGACUGGGCCCAUGGAAGAAGCAGAGCUGCAGGUCCUUUCAGAUACUGGGCCAGGGGCUGAGUUGGCUGAUACUGUGGGGAACAGGCAGGAUGAGAUGGAGCAGGUACAGGCCUCAGUUCUACCAGGCAGUAUCCCCAGCCUGCAGAGCAUGGGGCUUCUUCUGGACAAGUUGGCCAAGGAGAACCAGGAUAUCCGGCUGCUGCAGGCCCAGCUGCAGGCUCAGAAAGAAGAGCUUCAGAGUCUGUUGCAUCAGCCCAAAGGGCUGGAGGAGGAGAAUGCCCAGCUCCGUAAGGCCUUGCAGCAGGGCAAGACCUCCCACCAGGCCCUAGAGUCAGAACUGCAGCAGCUCAGGGCCCAACUCCAGGGGCUAGAGGCUAACUGUGUCCAGGGCGUAGAUGGUGUGUGUCUCAGCUGGGGUGGAGGCCCACAGAUUGACAAGGCCACCAACAAUCAAGGCCACCGUGGUCAGGAGCCUGACUCCAGCUUAUUAGAGCAGCAAAGGCAGCUAGAGGCAGAGGCCCAGGCCCUAAGGCAGGAGCUGCAGAGGCAUGGGCAGGUGCUGGGCUCUAUGCACCGUGACCUGCAGAGGGCCUUGCAAGAUGUUGGCCAAGGAGCCCCAGCUCAUGCUGGCCUGGCUGAACUUGGUCACGUGUUGGCCCAGACAUUGCAGGGCCUGGAGAAUUGGGGUCAUAACACUGGCAUAGCCUCCAAUAACUCAGAGGCCUGGCACCAAAAGCCCCACUUCCAGAAUUCCAGGGAGUGGAGUGGAAAGGAGAAGAGGCAUGGUGGGCACAGGGACCAGAAGGCCGAGUACUGGAAGUAUAGGAAGGAGGAGGCAGGCCGGGAGAGGAAGAAAAACUGGAGGGAUGAGGGCAGGGAAUCAGCAGGUGGGUGGAAGGAAGACAAGCCAAGGGGAGAAUAUGGGAACAGAAAGGAUGGCAAGCGACAGGACCCCAAGGCACACCCUAGGAAGAGUGGGAACCCCCGCUCUGGAGAAAGACAGAAGCAUUCUUGGGGGGAAGGCAAUAGCCCUGAGGCCCUGUCCUCCUGGGAGGAGCUUCUGAGACGCAAGUACAGGCCCCCUCAGGGCUGCUCAGGUGUGGCUGACUGUGCCCGGCAGGAGGGCCUGGCCCUCUUUGGUGUGGAGCUGGCCCCUGUGAGACAGCAGGAGCUGGCCUCUGUGCUGAGAACAUACUUGGCGCAGCUAUCCUGGGCGGGGCAGCUGACCAAAGAGCUGCCCUUGUCACCUGCUUAUUUCGGAGAAGAUGGCAUCUUCAGGCAUGACUGCCUUCGCUUCCGGGAUUUUGUGGAUGCCCUAGAGGACAGCCUGGAGGAGGUGGCACUAAAACAGACCGGUGAUGACGAUGAAGUGGAUGACUUUGAGGACUUUGUCUUCAGCCACUUCUUUGGAGACAAGGCACUGAAAAAAAGGUCAAGGAAGAAGGAGAAGCACUCUGGGAAUCCCAGAGUUGUGGGCCCUAGGGAAGAGCACAGCCGCCAUCCCCACCACUACCACCAUGGCUGAGCCCUGGCCCUUUGGCAACAAUGGGCCUUGACAUGCAGCCAGCUGAAGAUCCCUGGGAUUACGUGACCCUAGAUCCUAUGCUCUCACUCUCCACCGUGUCCCUCUUGGCUCUUCAGUACCCUUGAAUGUCCUUCCCAGAAGAAAGCAAAGUUCUUGGCCCUGUACUGGUACCACUUUUGCUAGAAAAAGGCCAUAAAUGGCUCUACUGAA